CUCGGGGUAAGCAAAGGUGAGGUCACAGUCAGCCAACAGUGUGCCUCACUGCCUCACAGGAUCACAUCAUCGGAUCUCGAGUGUGAGCGUUGUUUAGCGUGUUGAGCAUUGACUAUCCUAACUGCACGUGGAACGUUGAGGCCCGUGAAGGAAGGCACCAUGCUGGAUAAAGUGGCGAAGAUAAAAGCAUGGGAGUUGUCACUAGUACUGGCAGGCUUCAUCAUCCUGAAUGUGAAGGCCAUCAUCCUCCUGGUGAUGGAUGUGUACCGGCUCAUCAUCCCUCAUGAGGAAAAGGUGUUGCAGGGCCAACUGGUGUUGAUCACUGGAGCUGGCCAAAAUCUUGGCAGGGAGUUGUCACUCCAGUUGGCAAAUUUUGGAGCCAAGUUGAUUCUCUUAGAUAUUAAUGAGGAGCAAAAUGAAACCACUGCUGAUAUGAUCCGUGAUGCUGGUGGUGAAGCUCACACCUUUACUUGUGAUGUAUCUGAUCAUAAGUCAGUUGCUUCUGUAGGUGCUAAGGUGAGGAAAGAAAUUGGUCAUCCGGGAUAUGUGUUCAACAAUGCUGGAACUUAUGAAUACAAGCCAUUCCUCUCCCACUCAGCUGAAGAUAUCCAAAGACUUGUGAAUGUUAAUCUUCUUGGAAAUAUCUGGGUGACGAGAGAGUUUCUUGGACACAUGAUACAGCUUAACCGUGGCCAUAUCGUCUGUAUUUCCUCAGUGUUGGGAUUCAUUGGGAGAAAUAAUGUUGUACCAUACUGUGCAUCAAAGUUUGGAGUGAAAGGAAUGACAGAAGCUUUAGCUGAAGAGAUGAGGAUGGAGAGAAGAUCUGGAGUGAGGGUUACAGCAGUUCAUCCAUUCCUUAUAUCCAACAUUGAUGAUGUUACCCCAAACCUUAAAUUCCCAUGGCUCUUUGAAAUCUUGGAACCAAGUGAUGCUGCCUCAAGAAUCAUCAAUGGUGUUAGGAGGAAUCAAGAGGAAAUCUUUCUGCCAGAGAAACUUAAACCCUUCAUGGUGUUUUCCAAGGUAUUGCCACGGAAACUUCGGCGAUUAUUUGGAGACUACAUGGAAAAUUAGGAAGAUAAUCUGCAAAGAACUGAGAAUUAUUUUCUUAACUUACAAAAAUUACUGGGGAAAAUUAUAAUUACUCAUACAAAUACCAAAGUGUAAUAAAUUCUUAGGUUAUGUCUGAAUUCAUUUCUUUAAUGUACAAAUUCAUGAUUAUAAAGUACAGUACAGGUGCUCCCCGACUUACGACGGGGUUAGGG